UCAUACACAAUGCACACAUGGCAUAAUGGAAUGUGUAAUUUGUAAAGGAGAUUUACAAUCAAUCAAACAAACACAUCGUCCCAUCGAAGUUCCUGAUAGACACCACAUAUGACACAUUACAGCCUCCAUGAUGACGUAACUUUACAACCCUUAAUUAAAUUAUAGAAAUUUGCAAUGGACUGUUUAUUUGGAAUGAGAUCAACUGAAGUGGGAAGCGACUGGUGAGAUAAAAGAUUUCUGCAAUUUAAGACGCAACAGAAAAGGAAGAAUACUUUUUGGUGUUCAAAAAGUUUAUAAUGGCUGCUGAGAAGUGUCUGUAUGCGUACGACUAUGUGGACUUAAAGGAUCGGGAAUAUGUCAAGAAACAUGCAAAGCAACGUCAUCUUGGUGAUAUUGAAGGGAAGCAUCGUUACCGGUCCCGCCCAUCCACGGCGACUGUCGUCAAUUCCCUCGUCAACCUAGACUUCCCAGAAACCAGAGCGAUAAACACUACCACAGCGAGUAACAUCAUCUCAGAUCAACGCAAACAGAUCAGAAACCGCUAUCAAAAGACACAAUGGAAGGAAACAUUGAGUGAAUGGAGUCGGCCAUCUUCAUCACUGGAGGAGAGAGUUCAAACACCAGUUGAGGUUGAACAGCGCCCUCAUACAUCAGCAGCAGUCUCUAUACCAGAUGGGUCAAGACAGCUUCAGAUGAGUUCCACAACACUGAGACCAUUCAGUACAGGAGCGAUCCACCGACCUUCCCGUAAACCCCCACAGGCCUCAGGCUUCAUGUGGGUCAGGAUGAAACAAAAUGGCAGCUCCAGCGGUAGCAAGAUCCAAUUCAAGCAAAUCACAGAGGAGAUCAGACAGCAGUGGGAGGAAGAAGAUAAGAAAGAGCGGGUAGAUUCUCGGAGAGAAAGGAGUCAGACUCCAAGGAGGUAUGAUUCCUUCGCUGGACAGUGGCUUAGCUUCGCUGCUGGUGGGAUGGACGGACAAGAAGAUGAUCAUGGGAAUAGCGGCGGGGUGGUGGAUGCUUUCACUGGGGAGAGAAACUCGGAGUAUUACAAUAUCGAGGGAAGCAUUGGAGCUAAUGUAGCGACUCAGCUUCGCAUCGGCAACAAAAUACGUGUUGGUGUUAAUGGCAAUGUGCAAUCGGACAGUCUGAGGGUACGACGAUGGAGAAAGGAAGUAGAAAGUUCAUCAAAUCGAGCCGAGUCGAUAGUGUCUCUUGAUUCCAUGACGACUUGUGACUCAGACCUCUUCAGACUGAGCGGGCAGAUGGGAAAGCCAAAGAAGAAGAUGCCAACUUCUAUUGUACCCCUGUGCUGGGAUGAGCAACUACAGCAGACUGACGUUAAGGUUCUAGAGGCCAAGGAAAAACAAUCACUGGCUGCCAAACUGGACCUCUCUGAGAGACAUCCAGUUGUGUUUGAGAAGUUGAUCAAAGAUGACGCCCGUCCCAAGAGAGGCCCCAAGUUGGAGACGUAUCGACUAAGUCACCGCACCAAGAAUAAAAGAAACCUUGACGGCACUGAGAGCCUCAGCAAUCGCAUUACUGUCAUCACCGUGGAUCAAAUCGAUGAAGAUCGAGAAUCCUUAAACUCCAUGGACUAUGAGGAGAUUCUGCAGAGGAGUCUGGACGUAGAGCAGUCUCCUGAAGAGGAAGGCUCGUCAUCUUCGCUGCGGUUCGGUGAGGACCUGAAACGAGGCUCCGUAGUAUCAUCAAUGCUUGGGGAGGUAUUGCUGAGUGAAUCGGAAAAUACAACCACAUCAGGGUUGCUGGAGAAGCCUGUCACACCGCGUAGCAGCCCUCACCAAUCAUACCCAAAUAGCGAUACAGGACUUACUACUCAAAGCAUCAACCCUAAGCCUCGCUCGAUACCCUUGACGAGCCCAGUCCCCAGCUCUCCAAGUAUUGUCAGUGGCCGGCCAUGGACAGGAUCCCAGAAGUCACAGCGAGCACAAUCGAGCAACAGUAAGGGCAGAUAUCCCUUCAGCCCCGCCCCAACCCCAAGGAAUCUCAACAGCCCUCAUCCAAAUCUAGCAAAACCAGGACAGUUGCCCAGGACAGGUGUGUCGAGUAUUAACCCCGGUGUACAAGAUGGCGAGCAUGAAUACAUCAAAAUCUCGCAGCAGAUUCUCCCAGGAUCUGAACGGACCAAUUCAAGAGCUGAGAACCUGGCUGCCAUUGCUCGUGUCAGUGAGAGGAACGUUUACGAGGAUAGCCACGAUGACUCGCAAAGUCUCGGUCAGAAUCCUUCCAUUGCUAGUUUUGAUAGUGUAGAUAGUAUGAAUGUUGAAGGGGAUCGUGGUGGAAAUCGCCUUCCUGAUGAUGUGACUACGAUGACUGAUCCACCCUGCAGCUGCAGUCCGGAGGCAAAGAGGGUCAUGUCUGCAGCCAUUUCAAGAGUCUCUCAUUCCUCCUCGACUUUCAUAAAUAUCCCAACGGCGGACAUGAACACAAGUCUGUCGGAUUUAAAUUCCAUUUCUGAUAUGGACCCCAUGGCUUCCUACUCCUCAUUCCGUGGGAGUCUGAGCUCUGAACUUGGCGAAGCAAAUGAUCUCACACUUGAGGAAGGUGAUAUGUCUCCCCUGAAGGACUCUAAUGACAACCAUCUCUGUGAGUCAAAUAAUGAACAAGAAGGUUUAGCGACUGUAAGCUCUGCGUCAAGCACCUCUUCAAAACGUCAACCUCAUGAAACCCAUGACGACAUUGGUUAUGUAAUCAACCAGGUGGAUGGUCUAGACCUAAGGAAUUCUGACAAUGAGGUUCUUGAACCUCAACGAAAACCAGCUUCUGCUAAGAAGUCCAACCGGAUGGUGACAUUUGCCGAGGAGCUCCCUUCUGUCCCAAACUGUACCCCUGAGUCGACUCCAAGAGACCCCACAGACAUUGACUCUGUAAAGAGUGAUUUUGAUGAGAGGAUCGACUCAGAGAUUACCAGGAAUGAAACUAAAAGUAAUCCUGGAAGGCCCUUGAGCGCAGAGUCCAAUCAGUCAUCGAAGGCAGAGGAACUUAACGCCCUCAGAUCAAAGAUAAAAUCGGAUCUGGUUGAAACACAGGAGGCAACGCAAACUGAUAUUAAAGCGCUUAAUGUACAAAGAAGUAAUGGGCAUACAUGACUGUGUUUCAGUGACACCAGUUGUGACAACACUUUAACAAAACUUUUUGGAGCUUAAAAACGUGAUGCAUUUUCUGACAACUGUGCUCACGAUACUUCAACCCCCCCCCCCCCCCCACAACAAAGUCUUUCAAUUUAAGUUUGAAGGUGCUAUGAUUUGAGAGAUCCCCAAGUUUUUCGAUGCAGUAUCAGCAGUUUUUACUUUAUUUCUCCACCCUUCAAGGGAGAACCUUUCCAAAUAUUUAGGCCUGCUAGGAUUUCAUCACUGAAAUGCAGAGGUGGUGGGUUUUGGAUCCCAUCCAAGUACUGUGUGGAAUGUGUUUAUCGCAGGAUUGGGGAAUCAUUGAUAAUACAUUGCUUUUGUGUAUCUUCUCAAAAGGAAAAUUGGAGCAAUAUUUUAAAAGAGGAAAAUUAGAAGUGAACAAAUUGGGCUUGUAACUUUGAAGGUGGCAUGAAAGUUUGGAUUUUAGAAGGGUGGAUUUUCUCAAAUCAAACCCAGUCACUCUGUUCAGGCAUCAGGUAUAAACUUAUGAACAAAAACUGCAAAAAAUGAGAUUGGUUUCUUUUGUUUGACCAUGUCUAACGCUAUGUACAAUUAAAGAUUUUUAUUUUAUUUUAAGAAUAGCCAAAGAUUUGUUUGCCGUGAAGUGUUAAAUUGUACAGAUAAAUAACCUAAAGUAGUGAGGGAUUAUUUGAUGAUGCGCAAUAGUUUCAUGAAGGGUUUAAAUUAAAGAGUAUUAAUUCAAUUAUUUCAAUAUUCUUUGUGAAAGGUUUAUGAUCUUUCAUCUAUGGGAAUUCAAAGAGACUGUGUAUGCCCUCUCGUGGUGACGUCAUGCACCUCGGGCCAGCCUCAAGUGACCCAUUCCACAAGCACUGAGGACUGACCCGGGUGAGCCCCUGGAAUGACGUCAACGCUAUUUGAACAUACCAGGGGCAGACCGGGGUCAACUCGGGGAAGCUAAUAUCUAACGCACCCAUACAUGUAGUCAAUUAACUGGUACCCUAUCCUUAUCAUAUUCUGUAUCAGCUACAUAAAGCUGAAACCAGUCUUGUGGUUCUGGCUACCAUUGAAGUGUUAGCUUCUAGCCAUACACAGGGUACCAAUAAAUAUAAAGUGGAGUCUGACUCCUUUUUUUAAUACCAAGUUAUUAACAGAAAGGGAACUUGGCUAGGUUAGUUUUUAAAUAGGUUUGGGUUUUAACAGGACUUGAACCCACGACCAGACCAACAUAAGGGUGCUUCACGGGGCUAUCCAGUCUUAUUGGUGGUCUCCCUUUUAAUAAAUAUCUUUGUUCUUGGGUGCCAGUCAGAAUCCUAAGAACAAAGAUAUUGGCUAAUCAUAGGGAGACGGCAAACAUAGGGCUGGAUAGCUCAGUUGAUUGAGCAUUGGCAGAGAGACAGUACCUUAGAGCAUUGGUAGAGCGCCGGUACCUUGGUUCUGGUGUCGUUGGUUCAUAUCCAGCUCCAGUAAAUUUUUCUUUGUUCAAACAGGGAUGAAGAGUUCUACUAACCAAACUUGCCUUUCAUUCUUUACUAAAAUUUGUAUAUUACUUCUUCACUUUAAAGAUAUUUAUAUUUUUUUUAGUUAUAUCUCAACAGUCAGAUGGUUGAUUUUGAAAAGAAUAAAUUUUGUGAUAAAAAGCAAAACAUGUUGUGUACAGUUAGAACAGAGUCUGGAAUUGGUUUGCUAUUAUAUUGACAAGUAAUUAAACAGAUUGUUUCUCUUAAAUAGAAAUAAAAUAAGGUACAUGAAAGGCUAGUGUAAAUUUUGACUUUUGACCCAAACCCUGUUCGCAAGCCUUCCUUUCACUUCCACUUCUUAUAUAUCGCAAAAAUUCUAAAACAACAAGAAAGCUUGCAGUUGUAGUUUGCCCUCUUGCACUUCAGAGCUACAAACUAUACAAAGAUUCACGUACAAGUAAAUACUUUUAUUUUUAUGGAACUUUCUGCAGAAUCAGGGAGAGUUUGCAGCUUUGUUGAAAUCAAUGAAACCAUCCUGACGCAGAACCUUUAGUCUAACCCCAUUUUAUGACUGGCUUUUUAGGUAUUAAAUUAAAGUUGAAACCAUACGGAACAUGACAAACAUGGCUGUCUGUUUUGAACAACUUCCCAUGGAUAAUUCACAGCACACACAGUCGAAUACUACUCGUACCAAACUCCUACAGUUUAUUGGCCAAAAUACUCUUUACUUUUUGAAUACACACAGUCUUGUUUAUGAUAUUAACACCUUUCUAAACACACAAAACUAACAAAGUGUUAACUCGGCAACCUUGUUUGACAUAAUUUCCAAACUUAUGAAAAUAUGUAAAAUAGGGUAUCCCUGUUGCUGGAUACACCUUAGAAAGUAAGAUAGAAAACAAGGUAAUGAUCCGGGCCCCCGAUUUCAUAGAACUGCUUAAGCAGAAAAUAAUGCUAACCAAUUUUCUGUUAAGCAAAAAUAGCAGGAUACUAGUCACA